ACGUAACCCUAACUAAAGGUAGGUGGUCUAGCUAGCGAUGGAGGGGAAGAGAAGAAGAGGCGUAAACAUUCCACGUGAUAUAGUAGAAGAAAUUCUGGUGAAGGUACCUGUGAAGUCUCUGGUGAGAUUCAAAGUAGUGUCGAAAGAAUGGAGAAGAAGCAUAGAAUCAACGUGUUUCAUAGAGAAACACAUAAGGUAUCAGAAAUCUCUAGGAGGAGCGACGAUUCUUUCAACAGGAAGAAGAAGACUAAAUAGUCUCGUUCUAGAAAAGCUGUUGAUCACGCCUUGCAGUGGAAGCAUACAGACUUGUCCAUAUCUACCCAUCAAACCUUUUCGACCUACUUAUGAUUUCAAAGUCUCAGAGCCUUGCGACGGUUUGUUUUGUAUCUAUACCAAAACCAAUGAUCUUAAGUUUAACCUUGUCAAUCCUGCUACUAAUAGCCGCCGCAUACUCCCUGAUCCCACCUCUACCCUCGAUGAAGUUUAUGGGCAAUCGAUGUAUUCGUUGCUAGGGAUCGGAAGAGAGAAUGGUGUGAUUCCAAAGUAUAAGCUUUUAUGGUUUUUCCAGUGUGAUGACAAAUUGGUGAAUGAAUCUACUAGGUGCAAGGUUUUGUCUCUUGACUCUAAUAGUUGGAGAUACGUAGAUCCACCCAACUGUCGAAUUUACUGUGACCAACCUAUAAUUCACUUGGAUGGAGUGCUCUAUUGCUUCAGCUUCAACAGCGAAGAGAUGGGUUACCGCCAACCGUGCAUCUGUAAUCUACUAGCUUUUGAUCUUCACACAGAGACGUUUCAUAAAUAUUCUACUCAGGAUUUGGAGUCUAGAGACUGCCAAGAAUUAAGCAUGUGUAUUCUUAAUCAUCGUCCAUGCAUCUUCAAGAAACGUCUUGGUAAUAACGACCUUCUCUUCAAAAUUUGGGGUCUAGACAUAAACAAGAGUUCAUGGGAAGUGAUGUAUUCCAUAGAAUUUUCGUGUUUUCCGCCAGAAUUCUACGAUAGGUUCAUCAUUCCGGUGGAAACAAUCAACGAUCAUGUUAUCCUCUCAAACUCUCUUCAUGACAUAUGGAAUAUAUUUACUGCUCAUUCUCGAGUUCAGACAAGAAUCAGCAUCAGCAUACAAGAUCAUGGUCAUAUUAUGGCACAAUACACACAAAAAGAGCUGAUAACCCUAACUAAAGGUAGGUGGUCCAGCUAGCGAUGGAGGGGAAGAGAAGAAGAAGCGUAAACAUUCCACAUGACAUAGUAGAAGAGAUUCUGGUGGGUAUAGUGUGGUUCGUGGGCAAGGAGGGGCUAUCAUAUCAGUAUCCUUGACCAGAUCUGAGUCUGGAAUCAUAGAGAGCUACCAAACUUAGCAAGAGCUGUAUGAGUCCCCGAAAUAAAAUCACAAAAAUAGAGUCUUUUGUCAUACCUGAAGAAUAUACCAUACUGAAACAAGCAAGUACUGCGUAACGAGCUAAAUACGCCUCCUAUAAUCCAACUUGAAUCGAAAGAAGUCAAAUCAAGGUAAAGCGAAACGGUAGGUUCUGAAGAUGUAAAAGAAGCAGAAGAGAGAAGUUUCGGGCCUUUGUAUAGCACUAUAACUAGAGCACCAGAUAUAGAUACUAUUGUGCCAAUGACUUUAGCCUGACUAGCAGAGCUCUUUAACACUAUCCGUGUAAUCCUUCACGAGUCACCAAAGGAAGCACAAACACUUAACGUUAACACUAUCUGACUUUAUCUGUGUACAAUACUUUCCCUAGAGAGAAUCCAAAGAAAACAAGAAGUUCACAGUCAUGUUUCCUCAGCUAUUAUGGCAGAAGCCAUCGCUGUUCAUCGUGCGGUCUCACUGGCCGUGUAUUCAAACGUCCGAUCCCUGGCGGUUCUAUCCUAUUCUCUAUCCCUGAUCAAGCUUUCGAAGAGGGGUGAACAUCAACCUGAACUGUUCGAUAUCAUAUUUGAUAUCUAUCAUUUCAUGUCUUUGUUUGAUGUUAUUUCUUUUAGUUUCAUUUCUCGCAACUUUAAUUCCGAGGCUGAUUCUGUGGCUAAAUCAGUUCUUGCUUUGUCCGUAACAAACUCUACCCAU